ACUGCUGAAGCAGAUGUGGAGAACUAUAAAUUAAGGAUCCCAGCUACUUAAUUGACUUAGGCUUCCUAGUUCGUUGCCCAGCCACCACCGUCUCUCCAAAAACCCGAGAUCUCGCUAAAAUCAUCAUGGAUUCACUCGGCGCUGUCAGCACUCGACUUGGGUUUGAUCUUUUCAAAGAGCUGAAGAAAACAAAUGAUGGCAACAUCUUCUUUUCCCCUGUGGGCAUCUUGACUGCCAUUGGCAUGCUCCUCCUGGGGACCCGAGGAGCCACUGCUUCCCAGUUGGAGGAGGUGUUUCACUCUGAAAAAGACAUGAAGAGCUCAAGAAUAAAGGAUGAAGAAAAAGAGGUGAUUGAGAACACAGAAGCAGUACAUCAACAAUUCCAAAAGUUUUUGACUGAAAUAAGCAAACUCACUAAUGAUUAUGAACUGAACAUAACCAACAGGCUGUUUGGAGAAAAAACAUACCUCUUCCUUCAAAAAUACUUAGAUUAUGUUGAAAAAUAUUAUCAUGCAUCUCUGGAACCUGUUGAUUUUGUAAACGCAGCAGAUGAAAGUCGAAAGAAGAUUAAUUCCUGGGUUGAAAGCAAAACAAAUGAAAAAAUCAAGGACUUGUUCCCAGAUGGCUCCAUUAGCAGCUCUACCAAGCUGGUGCUGGUGAACACAGUUUAUUUUAAAGGGCAAUGGGACAGGGAGUUUAAGAAAGAAAAUACUAAGGAAGAGAAAUUUUGGAUGAAUAAGAACACAAGUAAAUCUGUACAGAUGAUGACACAGAGCCAUUCCUUUAGCUUCACUUUCCUGGAGGACUUGCAGGCCAAAAUUCUAGGGAUUCCAUAUAAAAACAAUGACCUAAGCAUGUUUGUGCUUCUGCCCAACGACAUCGAUGGCCUGGAGAAGAUAAUAGAUAAAAUAAGUCCUGAGAAAUUGGUAGAGUGGACUAAUCCAGGGCAUAUGGAAGAAAGAAGGGUGAAUCUGCACUUGCCCCGGUUUGAGGUGGAGGACAGUUACGAUCUAGAGGCGGUCCUGGCUGCCAUGGGGAUGGGCGAUGCCUUCAGUGAGCACAAAGCCGACUACUCGGGAAUGUCGUCAGGCUCCGGGUUGCAUGCCCAGAAAUUCCUGCACAGUUCUUUUGUGGCGGUAACUGAGGAAGGCACCGAGGCUGCAGCUGCCACCGGCAUAGGCUUUACUGUCACAUCUGCCCCAGGUCAUGAAAAUGUUCACUGCAAUCAUCCCUUCCUGUUCUUCAUCAGGCACAAUGAAUCCAACAGCAUCCUCUUCUUCGGCAGAUUUUCUUCUCCUUAAGAUGAUCCUUGCCAUGGCAUUGCUGCUUUUAGCAAAAAACAACUACCAGUGUUACUCAUAUGAUUAUGAAAAUCGUCCAUUCUUUUAAAUGUUGUCUCACUUGCAUUUCCAGUGUUGGCCAUCAAAUCAAUGAUUUAAUGACUCCAAUAGUGUGUGUGUUUAUAAUCAUCCUUGAAAGUGAAAUGUCCUUUUCUUUGUGCCAUGAGUAAGGUGAGUCCAACCAAACCUCACUGAUAAUCUCCCCUUGUUUUCCUUUGAAAGUAAAUCGGUAUCUUGUAGUUUUGUGCACACGAAAGGAGAGAAAGUCUCUCCAGUAAAGAGUAUGAACUAGUAAUUUUGGGGGGUCUCUCUAAUUCUAGUAUUUUGACAUGUUAUAAUACACAAGUAAAAUAAAACAAUAGUUUACUCAGCUCAUGUUACUAUUCCCCAACAGAUAUUGUGGCAAAUAGCACAUAGGAAAGAGAAUUUGGGAAUACAGUAGCAAAACAUAAAUUAAAACUCAAAUGCCAGGACAAAAUAAAACAAUAUACCAGAUGGAGAGGAUGCCCGUAUUUUCACCUUCCAUUCUAACAUUAUCCAUUGUUAGAUGCAUAAGCAUUUUGAUAUUGUGUAAUAAAUGUGGUAUUUGAGAAGAUAAAUGAUGUACUUGAUCAGUAUUCCUCCUCUAUCACCUUUUUAGACUUCGUAAGGUAAAUAUUUGGAAUAACUUUUAGAAAAGUUUCCUUUUUUUUCCUCCAUUUACAUUUUUCUGUUUUUUUUUUUUGAGUGAGGUAGGAGUAUUACCAAAUGAUAUUUUCUGAAGAUGCUUUUUGAAAACCUCUGAAUCUAUACCUAAUGCUCUUAAUUAUUGGCUUGUUUCACUUUUUUCCUCCAGUUUUUAACAAGAUCACAUAACUGGCUUAUUUUUAACAGCUUUGUCAAUCUACAAUUUACAUGCCGUAAAAUGUACACACUGUAAUUUUAUAAUUCAUUGACUUUUAGUAAAUUUCUAGAGUUAUGCAUCACCACAAUCCAGUUUUAGAAUAUUUCCAUGACCCUAAGAAGUUUCCUCAUAUCUAUUAAUAUUCCCAAUCCUAGGCACCACUGAGUUGUUUUCUGUCUUUGUAAGUUUUUCUUUCUACAUCUUAUAUAAAUGGAAUCAUACUACAUAUAGUAUUUUGUGUCUGGCAUCUUGCACUUAGCAUGAUGUUCUUGAGGUUCAUCUGUUGUAGUAUGUAUUGAUACUUAAUUUUUUAUUGCCGAAUGCUAUUCCAUUGCAUGGAAAAGACCUAUUUUAUUUCUAGGUUCACCAGUUGAGGGACAUUUGGAUUGUUUCCACUUCUUGGCUGUUAGGAAUAAUGUUGUUCUGAACAUGUAAAUAAAGAUCUUUGUGUUCACAUAUGUUUUCAUUUCUGUUGGGGAGAUUCCUAGGCGAGAAAUUGCUGGGCCAUAUGACGAAUCAAUAGUUAGCUUUGUAAGAAACUGUCAAACUGUUUUCCAACGUGACAUUUUAUAUUCCCACCAGGAAUGUUUGAAACUAGUGUCUUCAAAUCCUCACCAACAUCCAGGAUUGUGUCUUUAUGAUUACAGCCAUUUUUGUAGGUACAAAGUGGCAUCUCAUGGUGGUUUUAAUUUGCAUUUCCCUAAUAUCUAAUUAGGUUGAGCAUUUUUUUAUGUGCUUAUUGGCCAUUCAUUUGACUUUGUUUGGUGAAAUGUAUACAAAUCAUUUGCUCAUUUUUAAUUUGGGUUGUUUGUCUUGUCUUCUCAUUUUAUUGAGUUAAAAGAGUUCUUAAUAAACUCUGGCUUACAAGUCCUUAAUUUAUCAAAUAUAUGAUACGUGGACAUUU